GUUCACGUGAGGCUCCCGCGAUAGACUUACCAGUUAUUCAUUGUCUGCUCCUGGAAUUGGUCUGCUUGAAAGGCGUGCCAGAGUCUUUACGAAAACGAUGAAAGUGGGCGGAGUUUUGGUGUGUGUGACACUCCUAGUCACGACCACAUUUGCUCAGACGAACUUAACGGUUAUAUCAUCGUACAAGGACCUCUUCGUGGACAGACCGCCUCCUCUUUCUGCUGCUUGCCAAGACGGAGGUGUCGAUAAUACAGCACGCAAUGCGCCGGUCAAGAUGUCUUCCACUGCGUCGUCGACGACGGCCGGAUUUCUGGCGACGGACGACAAUUUGAGCUUGACCAAGUGUGCUGCAACGCGGUCAAGCACAAACCCAUACGUUCGCAUCGAUCUGCAAAAGACUAGACAAGUUUUCAAGAUAUUUUUGCUUUUGCCUAGCGGCAUAGCAAUGAAUGGUCUUCAAGUCUACGUCGGAGAUGACGACACCGUUGUCACACGAAACAAGCUGUGCGCCACUGCUGCGAAAGUUGCCAGUCCUUGGGCCAUCCUCAUGUGUACUCCGGCUAUUAAUGGUCGCUAUGUCUUUCUACGUUUACCCGGAAGUGUAAAGACCAUCAAACUGUGUGAAAUCAACGUGUAUGCACAGUGUCCUUCUCUAAAAGCAUGCACAAACGUAGCUUAUCGACGUCCAACAAGACAGUCAACUACAGGGCAUGGUGGAGUUUCGAGUCGGGCAGUAGAUGGCAUAACGAGCACGUCCUGGGGUGCAAGAUCUUGUACACAUACUAACGGACAGACCAAUCCUUGGUGGUAUGUCGAUUUGCAAGACCUUCGAGUUGUUGAAAGAGUUUUGGUUACAAACCGUGGUGAUUGUUGCUGGACUCGCCUCAAUGGAAUGGAAGUCUGGGUUGGCAUCAACAACAAGCCACCGGGAAUUACCGCUCCUAAUAAGAAGUGUGGCACUUUUGCAACUGUGCCCAGAGCAGGAACUGUGACAGCCUUUUGUCCAGACAACACUGUGGGUCAAUAUGUUUUCGUUCGCGUUCCUGGUGCAGGCAAGGUCAUUACUGUUUGUGAGGUUCAAGUGUAUGAGCCAUGUCCAAGUCAACCUCUAUGUCUUAAUCCUGGAUGUAAGCGUGGUGCCGAGGCUAAUGUUGCACGUGGGAGACCAACUAAGCAUUCAAGCAAUUACAACUCAGUGUUUGUUUCAUCUAAAGCUGUCGACGGUGAUUUCCGAACUAACAUCAACUACUGCACUCACACUGCAACAGAGACAGAUCCAUGGUGGUACGUUGAUCUCGGCUGUGAACGAACUGUUGCCAAGGUGACAGUCACCAACCGAGAUUCAUACGGGAAUCGUCUAGAUGGCUUCAAGGUUGCAGUGGGAAAUGAUGUUUCUACAAAGGGUGGAAAUGGGAAUGCUCCUUGUGGCGGUGGAUACAAAGUUGCUCAGGGCUCAACUCUAAUGGUUGAGUGUCCUCGUCUUGUAGGACGAUAUGUGACUGUUUACUUGAAGGGCGCAGGCAAAAUCUUGCAACUGUGUGAAGUGCAAGUGUUUGAACCGUGUGAUGAGAGUUGCUAUAACUUGGCUCUUUAUCAACCAUCCACGAAGACUGGUGGGGCAGCUUAUCCUGAUGCAGCAACAGACGGAAACCCGAACACAAACUACAAUGGACGUUCGUGUUAUCUGUCCUCAAUUGUCAACGAUCCGUACUUCACUCUAGAUCUUGGCCAUGCGACAAAGGUCGGCAAAGUGCGUUUGUGGAAUCGUGGAGAAUGCGCACGUUGCCCAAACGGGCUGGAUAACUUUGAAAUUCGAGUCGGAAUGAGUACUAACGGAUUGUCAAAUCCAGUGUGCUACUAUAACAACUAUCAAGUAGCGUCAAACCAAAGAUACAAAGUAGCAAAGAACCAAGCUGUGGACGUCAUGUGCAAUGCCAAUCGUAUCGGUCGUUACGUGACUGUCAAACAAUACGGGAGCCGGCAACUGGGCAUAUGUGAGAUCGAAGUCUAUGCAACAGGCAAUUGCUACGACUCUGGAUGUUACAACGUAGCCAGAGGAAAAGGAGCUUACAUUUCUUCUCUGUAUGCGACUAAAUGGCCAGCAAAUAAAGCUGUUGAUGGUAAUUACUGGUCUAAGAACAUCAACUCUGGAUCAUGCACUCACUCGAAUACUCAAACGAAUCCUUGGUUUCGUGUUGACUUGUGGCAAGAAAUGAUUAUCAACAAAGUGUAUUUGGCUAAUCGAGGAGACUGCUGUGGUAAUCGAUUGACAAACGUGAUGGUUCGUAUCGGGAAUGAUUAUAGCAACAACGGCUUGAAAAAUCCUAUUUGUCGCCAAGGUCUACGAGCAUUGGGUCAAGGCGCUUACAAUUACUAUGCAUGCCCCAACAUGAGAGGACGACAAAUAACAUUACAAAUUGUCAAAACAAACGCGGUGCUCAACUUCUGUGAAAUUCAAGUGUGUGGAACACUCGCUCCCAACUUAGCUCUUGGAAAGCCUACAGUUCAGAGCAGUACAGGCUCGAAUGGUCCACCUAACCUCGGUGUUGACGGAGAUUCAAACCCUACAUACACUAAAGGCACUUGCACACACACCACCUCAGAGAAGAAUCCAUGGUGGCGUGUCGACCUUCAAGACGAGUACUUAGUGACAAGCAUUCGGAUCACUAAUCGAGGAGACUGUUGUGAAAGCCGGCUGUGGGGUAUUGAGAUUCGCAUUGGCAACUCGCUUGACUUUGAAGGAAACAAUAAUGCCAAAUGUAUAUCAAAGAUGUGGAAUGUUCCUAAGGGUGCAACACACACUGUGAUGUGUAAUGCCGGCUACGGAGUGAAAGGUCGGUAUGUGAAUCUCCUCAUUCCGGGGGAUAACAAGAUUUUGACUUUCUGCGAGUUGAUGGUCUUUGGCACACGGGACAAACAGUGCCAGCGGAGUGGGCUGAAAAAUGAUCGCUGCAAUCAACCGUGUCCUGCAAAGACGGGUGGUAUUGGUUGUCAUAAGUGUCCAGCAGGCCAAGUGGGUCGUCUUCGUCAUGUCGAGUCUGGUCUAUGCGCUGUACCUCCAGGCAACAAAACACAUCCCGGAUGGAAUGACUUGUUGGUCAUGACGGACCAAUGUGAUGGCAUCGAGAGUCUCUUUCUGUAUUCUCCAAGCCUUCUCUUGUAUCAUGUUGCAUCUGGGGCUUGCGUUCAUGUCUUGUAUGGUGGUUUUUCGGCUAUUGAUGGGAGGCCUUUGGUUUUCUGGUAUGGAUGUGAUCCGAAUCAAAAUCGUCUGCAAUACACUAUUGACGACAAUCACUUCAAGAAUGUGAGAACAAGGCAAUGCAUACGUGUCAAAGCUCAUGAUCCAGCACCUGGAGACACUCUGAACCUCUACAAAGACUGCACACAUGGAGCAUCUGACUAUGAGUUUGUAAUUGAUGAAGAGAGUCAGAAGAGAUGGUCAAUUGCUAUCAAUGUAGCCACAAAGAACGCUAACACAUUUGGAUACUUCAGUGACAUGUGGGUGAAUCCGAAAUAUUUCGGCAACGCGUCCAAUCUGGCAGCAGAUGCUUGGCUUCCAGCAUAUGAUGGAGUACUGGUUGAAAGAAUUGGGAUUCAAAUCAAUGGCUACGAUCGAAUCGUUGAACUACCUGAAGAUGUUAGAGGCAAAUACACUUUACAAGAUCUCGUCCUUCGAGAAGGAUCUAUCUCUUAUCUGCCAUCAGUUCAAGGCCAACUGGAUCCAUUCAACUUUAAGUUAACUUCACCACCACUUGCUUAUUGUACAAACAUUGGAACAAACCAACAAGUUCUGACGAAUCAGCAGUGGCACGGCUGUCACUCGUUGGUUAGGAUUGGAGUGCCGAUGGCAAAUGCGAUUCGUACGGGAGUGAUCAAGCUGCAGAUGGGAGACAAAUGUAUUCAUAUUAGUGGAGGAGGUUUUGGCACUCCUGGGGACAAUACAGAACUCGUGUCAUGGUCUGGAUGCACAGAUGAUCGUCUUCGGUUUACGUAUAGAGCUGAUGGAUCAUUUGUACAUUCAAGUGGUUCCAAGUGCUUGGGAUUGAGAGAUGCAACACCAAAGAAGGGCACACGGGUGGUGAUCAAGCCAUGUUCCGCUUCUACAAAAUUCACAUGGAGAUCAGAUGGUGUUAUUGUGAUGACAUCUAACACUAAGCUGUGCUGGGCUGUUGAGGGAAAUUCUGCUACACCAGGGAAUGGCAAAAGAAUACAACUAUCAGAUGGCUGUGAUCCUAAGACCAACGCAAUGUUCCAGUUCAGGAUGCAUAGCAAUGUGAUGGAAAGUGGUUGUGGUAAACCUACAUCAGCUGAAGGGGUUGGUUUCUACUACGGUUGUGGUCACCAAUCAGGAUCAGCAGGACGCAUGAAUUAUGGUAAUUUGAUAUUCAAGCAAGCAACCGUGUGGGUCUAUGGCAGGCUCACGUGUAACCCAACGACUUCCAGUGGAUGCAAUGCUCGUGUUGGUUACUGUUCGUGUGUAAACGGAUACUUUGGCCCUGCGUGUGAAUAUCAGUGUCCUGAUGGACAAUACGGAAGAAACUGCAGAGAUUCUUGUCAGUGCAUGAACGGAGCAUUGUGUUCAUCGAUAGACGGCAAAUGCACAUGUAAACCUGGUUAUAGAGGCAGACUUUGUAAUGCAUUGUGCCAACCGGGAACCUAUGGAGAUGGAUGCAAGAAGUGCAAUUGCUCUGCUAAUGCUGCAGGCUGUAACGUGUUUACAGGGAAGUGUUCUUGUCCAGCUGGAUACGGUGGUGCUCUUUGUGAUCAGUUGUGUGCUACUGGUUGGUGGGGACCUGGCUGUAUCAACAAGUGCACGUGUGUCAAUGGAACAUGUGACAGUGUAACAGGAAGGUGUACAUGCAAUCCUGGAUAUACAGGCAGCACUUGCAACAAUCCAUGUGCUGUGGGUUUGUAUGGUAAGGAUUGUGUAACGCCAUGCCACUGUAACUACAAAGCCUCGUGUCACCACGUGACAGGAGCUUGCACAUGCACACCUGGAUAUAUGGGCAAAGACUGCAGUGCAUCAUGUGACUCGCUUCAUUGUGGACAAGGUUGUAACCAGCUCUGUCAGUGUGCUCAGGGAACGUGUGAUCGAUUUACAUGUGAUUGUAAAUGUAAGCCUGGAUACAAAGGAGUUACAUGCAAUCAACUAUGCGACUCUGGGAUGUACGGCACGGACUGUGCAAAGAAGUGUCUCUGUCACAGCCAAGCCAAGUGUGAUCACGUGACCGGCGCAUGCACAUGUUCAGCAGGCUUGACAGGAACCUACUGCAACGAAACUUGUUCGCAAGGAAAAUGGGGUGCCAACUGUCUCCAACAGUGUGACUGUGCUCAUGGCAAGUGUGAUGCUGCCGAUGGCACUUGCAUAUGUGAAUCUGGAUACAAAGGAAGUAGAUGUGCUACAUCAUGUGUUUCUGGAACGUUUGGUGCGGAUUGUCUUAAGCCAUGCAACUGUGCUACUAAUGUGACUGCGUCUCAAAUAUGUGACGGAAAGACUGGCCAAUGUUUAUGCAAAUCGAACUACUAUGGAGUCCAGUGCACCAGCAAGUGUCCUCCAGAGAAAUGGGGACCAAAUUGUGUGAACAACUGUCCAUGUGUUAACUCGGGUACUUGUGAUGAGAAUGAUGGAAGUUGUCAGUGCACUUCAGGAUACAUUGGCAAGUUGUGUGACAGACUCUGUGUCAAUGGAAAAUGGGGUCCCGGUUGUCAGUACUCGUGUACGUGCCACUCAGUCAACGGCCUCUGCAGUCAGAUUGAUGGAUCGUGCCAGUGCAAGGCCGGUUUUCAUGGCCAUGAUUGUGACAUCCCGUGCCCCGUUGGAACAUUUGGCGUCGAUUGUAAACAAGGAUGCACAUGCUUCAAUGGAGGUUGUGACUCUGUGACUGGUCAAUGUCAAUGUGAUCGAGGAUGGACGGGAACUAACUGUGAUCAACCGUGUGACAGUGGAACGUAUGGCAUCGGAUGUUCAUCGCAAUGUCAGUGUGAUCCUACAGCAACAUGCAAUCCUAUUGAUGGCUCCUGCACUUGUGCUGCUGGAAUGCAAGGGAAAUAUUGCAAUCACCAAUGUCAUGGGUUUUACGAUCACGGCUGUCUUGCUCGUUGCCCACCAUGUGAGAGUGGGAAUGUUAUCGUUCCGAAAGAUUGCCACCCAGAAACUGGAGAAUGUCAGUGCAAGACGGGAUGGACAGGCGUUCUUUGCCAAGACUCUUGCAGAGUUGGCUAUUGGGGAGAUGGAUGUCAGAAUCAAUGUCUUUGCAAGUCUGGUGGCAUCUGUGACCACGUCACUGGCAACUGCUCGUGCCCAGCGGGAUUGACAGGAGCUCUUUGUGAACUCCCUUGUCCGGAAGGUUGGUAUGGCGAGAACUGUCAGUUUCAGUGUCAGUGUGCACAUCGUCAGGAGUGUGACGUGAAAACUGGGCAGUGUACUUGUCAAACUGGAUAUCAAGGCGUUCUCUGCAGUGAAGCUUGUGCUUCUGACAAGUGGGGUCAAAGCUGCAUAAAUGAUUGUGAUUGUAAGUUUGGCGAAUGUAAUUCUAUUACUGGCUUUUGCUCUUGCGAUGAUGGAUACCAGGGACUCAGCUGUGAUACGCCUUGUAACCAGACUACAUGGGGACCAAACUGCAUCAACUUUUGCGAUUGCGAAAACGAACUGUCUUGUCAUCCGACUGAUGGACUGUGUGUGUGCCCUCGAGGAUUCACCGGAGAUAGCUGCGAAAACUCUUGCGAACUUGGAUUUUACGGUUUUCGCUGCGAGUCAAAGUGCGAGUGUGUGAAUGGUGACUGUGAUCACGUGAGUGGAUCCUGCAACUGCACGCUUGGCUACACUGGAGAAAAGUGUGAAUCAAACUGUACUGACAACACUUACGGCUACCAAUGCUCGAUGACGUGCGAUUGUGGUGAAGGUGAAGGGUGCGAUCCGAAAACGGGAUGUUAUGUGCUGUCGGUUACCAAUGACGAUCAAGCUGUGAAGGCUGAUGAUGGUGGAUUGGCUACCAGUGAAAUCGUUACUAUCGUUGUUUCCGUGGUUGGUGGAGCUGUACUUGUAGUGGUGAUGGUCCUCGUCAUACUUUAUUGUAAGAACAGAGGAGAUGUUAACAAGGCACUGGCGGCGGCUUACUCAGCGCAAGCAAGUGACGUCUCAUUUGGUCCCAUGGACACCGUACAGAGGGAAGUCGGCGUGCGUGAUGGAUUCGACAAUCCGAUGUAUGACAAUUUCAAGAACGACAUGUACAACGAUCCCGUACAAGAGAAUCCAACUUACGCCGUGGAAGGAGACGGAAUGGAAGAGGCAAUCGUUGCCGACGCUGCCGAUGACUACGAGUGAUGCCUAUAGACUGUCGUGUAGGCAUAUUUGGUGUGUCUCUCACUGUGUUUGCGGAGCAGUUUUGUGACGUUUGAUGUUUAGUGGUUGAUACGCUUGAUGUCGAUUAUUUUAUUGGUGUUAGCAUCGGUUUUUAUGAAGUUGCGCGUGAAUUUCAGUAUUUGUUGAAGUUGAACUUUUAGGAGCUGAGAGCUCCGGCUUGUUGUGCUGCUGUCAAUACAGUAUACUCGAGCUAUUCUACCAGUGGA